CGCGGUGACAAUUACCGGGUUGCCACAUCUAGAAAGAAGACAAAAAAGAACCUUAAAGAAGAUGAUUUGGCUGAUCUCAAGCAGGAAUUGGACAUGGAUGAACAUCGUAUCUCCUUGGAGGAACUAUAUAUGCGGCUUGCCACCGAUCCGGUGAAUGGUUUAACUGGGGAUCAGGCCAAACUGAGACUUGAGCGUGAUGGACCAAAUGCACUAACUCCUCCGAAGACAACCCCUGAAUGGGUAAAGUUCUGCAAACAACUGUUUGGUGGCUUUUCGCUCCUACUUUGGGUCGGCGCAAUUCUCUGCUUUGUAGCAUUCUCAAUAGAGAGCAGUACUUAUGAGGACCCACCGAAAGAUAAUCUCUAUCUUGGGAUUGUGUUGACGGCUGUCGUGGUCAUCACUGGUUGCUUCUCUUAUUAUCAAGAAUCAAAAUCGUCACGUAUUAUGGAGUCAUUCAAGAAAAUGAUACCCCAGACUGCGAUGGUAAUUCGAAACGGAACAAAAAUCGAGGCGCCCGCUGAAGCGCUCGUGGUUGGCGAUCUGAUUGACGUGAAGUGCGGUGACCGGGUCCCUGCCGACAUUCGAAUAAUAUCAGCCAGCUCGUUCAAAGUUGAUAAUUCAGCACUCACUGGGGAAUCUGAACCACAGUCACGCACGGCUGAGUAUACGAACGAGAAUCCCCUAGAAACGAAGAAUUUAGCAUUUUUCUCGACCAAUGCAGUGGAUGGCACUUGCCGAGGUAUUGUGGUGAGCACCGGGGAUCGAACAGUGAUGGGCCGGAUUGCGAAUCUUGCUUCCGGCUUGCAAAUCGGCCAGACUCCGAUAAGCCGAGAAAUCAGCCACUUUAUCCACAUAAUCACCAGCGUGGCUGUCUUCCUUGGAGUGUCGUUUUUCGUCAUUGCCUUGCUACUGGGCUACUACUGGCUGGAAGCUGUCAUUUUUCUAAUCGGCAUUAUUGUCGCAAACGUGCCUGAAGGUUUACUGGCUACUGUCACGGUUUGUCUGACUCUCACUGCAAAGCGCAUGGCGAGUAAAAAUUGUCUAGUCAAGAACUUAGAAGCUGUUGAAACUCUGGGUUCGACAAGUACAAUCUGUUCAGAUAAGACUGGCACUUUGACCCAAAACCGAAUGACAGUUGCACACAUGUGGUUUGACAACAAUAUCUAUAACGCGGACACGACGGACGACCAAUCGAUUGCCAACUACGAUAAGAGCUCACCUACUUGGAUGGCAUUGGCGCGAAUUGCCAUGUUGUGUAAUCGAGCUGAGUUCAAAGUGGGCGAAGAAAAUAAGCCUGUGCUCAAGCGUGAAUGCAAUGGUGACGCAUCUGAAUCUGCCCUACUAAAGUGCGUUGAACUGUCGUUUGGUGGCGUGACAGAGUAUCGACGUCAAAAUCCCAAAGUUGCCGAGAUUCCCUUCAAUUCUACGAACAAAUAUCAACUUUCUAUUCACGAGACCAACGACGGAGACGAUCGUUUUCUGAUUGUUAUGAAGGGUGCUCCUGAACGGAUCCUAGAUCGUUGUAGUACCAUCCUACUGGAAGGCAAAGAGGAGACAAUGACUGACGAGUGGCGUGACCAAUUCAACAGUGCCUAUUUGGAAUUAGGGGGAAUGGGUGAACGUGUUUUGGGCUUCUGCGAUGUGCGUUUACCAAAGGAAACAUUUGGCAAAGAUUUCAAAUUCAAUGUGGACGAAGUAAACUUCCCAAUCACCAACAUGCGCUUCGUUGGCCUUAUGUCCAUGAUUGAUCCUCCACGUGCUGCUGUUCCCGACGCGGUAGCUAAGUGCCGUUCUGCCGGUAUCAAGGUUAUUAUGGUUACUGGUGACCACCCAAUCACCGCCAAGGCGAUUGCCAAAGGAGUCGGUAUCAUUUCAGAAGGGAGCAAGACUGUGGAUGAUAUUGCUGCGGAGCGUGGGAUCACCGUACGCCAGGUCAAUCCUCGGGAUGCGAAUGCAUGUGUGAUCCAUGGAUCCGAUCUGCGUGAUAUGACCCCGGCCCAGAUCGAUGAGAUUUUGCAGAACCACAACGAAAUUGUGUUUGCUCGUACCAGUCCACAGCAGAAACUAAUCAUUGUCGAAGGUUGCCAACGUCAAGGUGCGAUUGUGGCUGUGACUGGCGAUGGAGUGAACGACAGUCCGGCUUUGAAACAGGCAGAUAUUGGAGACUCACUGUCAGCCUCUAACGCCUAUGGGUUUGAAGUGCUACCGGGGAGUCUGCUCACAGAUAUCGAGUACGCAGACGACAUAGUUCUUCUUGGAUCUCAUGCUGUGGCACUGCAAACAGUAUUGAAUAAUCUGAAUAGUUCUGUCUCACGGUUUGGCACGCGCUUGACACCUGCAAAGUGCAAAGUGCUACUGCAAGACUGGGUAGACUCGAGCCCUAGCCUCAUGCUUGUAGGUGUAGCCAUGGGAAUUGCCGGGAGUGAUGUGAGCAAACAGGCGGCGGAUAUGAUUUUGCUGGACGAUAACUUCGCCUCUAUUGUGACAGGUGUUGAGGAAGGACGAAUCAUUUUCGAUAAUCUCAAGAAAUCCAUCGCCUACACACUAACCUCCAACAUUCCUGAGAUCACUCCAUUCCUUGUCUACAUUUUGGCCGACAUACCCUUGCCGUUGGGUACGAUCACCAUUCUAUGUAUUGACUUGGGGACAGACAUGGUACCUGCCAUUUCAUUAGCUUAUGAGGAAGCUGAGGCCGAUAUCAUGAAACGAAUGCCCCGCGAUCCACUUCAUGACAAACUGGUCAACGAACGUCUCAUCUCAAUGGCUUACGGUCAAAUUGGAAUGAUUCAGGCGUCCGGAGGUUUCUUUGUUUAUUUUGUCAUCAUGGCUGAGAAUGGUUUUUGGCCCACCAGGCUGUUGGGAAUUCGUGAAGAAUGGGACUCAAAGGCUGUUAACGACUUGGCUGAUUCGUACGGACAAGAGUGGACCUACACUCAGCGUAAGCGUCUUGAGUACACCUGCCACACAGCCUUCUUUGCAUCCAUUGUGAUCGUGCAGUGGGCCGAUCUGAUGAUUUGUAAGACUAGAAGGAACUCAAUUUUCCAACAAGGAAUGUGGAACCAUCAUUUGACCUUCGGAUUGUUUUUCGAGACCAGCUUGGCCAUCUUCCUUUCGUAUUGCCCUGGCCUGGAGAAAGGUUUGCGGAUGAUGCCUCUACGCCCUGACGAGCAUUUUUCGGCAGGCCUCAGUUCCCUCCCGGAUCUUUCCACCACUCCGCCGUUCGACGUCCCUAUUUUGAUUCAUUUGCACACAUCUACAAACUCUGCUUCUCCACUCGAAUCAUUUCCUCGUAUUCUCACUUUCACUCUCUUUUUCAACAGUGCAUCUACUGCGUCUAUUCUCUUACGUUGUGAUAUGUUGGUGGACGUUGCGGAGAGUUUGUCGAUGACCCUUAUCCCCUACUUCAUUAUUUGA